GGUAUUGCUGCGCUCUCCUAGCGCAGUGCGAUGUUUGAGGGAUGGGUCUUUUCUCUGGUGGCAGGAUAUCUGGGCAAUUACAUCAAAGAUAUCCAUCGCGAGCAGUUCCGCAUCGGCCUGUGGAGCGGCGUGGCGCUGCUGGAGAAUGCCGAGCUGCGCCUCGAGGCUUUCGAUUACUUGCAGCUCCCCUUCGCGAUCAAGCAAGGCUUUGUUGGGAAAUUAAGGCUCCAAGUUUCUUGGAAAACACUCCUUUGGGAGCCUAUUCUUAUUGCUUUGGAAGAUGUACAUAUAUGUGCUUGUCCUCGUGAUGAAUCAGAGUGGAAUGCCACUGCCGCGGAGAGCAGAGAAUUGGCUGCCAAAAAGGCGAAACUGGCAGCGGCAGAGAUUACAAAGCUCUCCAAACAAGUACCAGAUGAGAAAGUUCGCCAGUCCUUGCUAUCUCAUCUCCUUGCAAAGGUUAUUGACAACAUUCAAGUUACAAUACGAAACAUUCAUAUCAGAUACGUGGACAAGAAAGAUGAUCCAGAGGGUAGCUUUUACUUUGGUGUCAAACUUGCUGGACUCAGUGUUGGUACCACGGAUGCCCGCGGUGCCGGAAAUUCGGCUGCGAAAACAAAAAGUGGUUUUGUUCAUAAGUCCGUGGAGAUCAAUAAGUUGUCCGUCUACUGGAACUCCUCCUCGUCCGCUCCCACUGUUUCCAGGAACUCAACGAGUACGCUUGGCAAUUACCUGAAUAGAUGCUUCGCUAAAAAGGACGAGAAUCUGAGCUACAUUUUAUAUCCCAUGGAUGCGUCAAUAAAGCUUACGGUAAACCGGUCUGCUACAUCAGAUGGUGGCGCUCCACUCUAUGCGUUGGCCAUGAGCAUGGAUAAACUGGAUCUUAAUCUGAGUGAUAGGCAAUUAUACGAGAUGUUUUUACUGAUAGACUCGUUCGAAAUCUCUCGUAUACGAGAAAGAUACGGUCGUUUCCGUCCUCAUGUAGGCUUGUCGACCGAAGAGCGAAGCUCCUGCCACUGGCAACACCUUUGGUGGAAAUAUGCUAUCAAUGCUGUGCUCUCUGACGUGCGGAAACGGCUGCGGCGAAGCUCUUGGAGAUACUUGGCAUGGCGUCUAGAUUGUCGCCGGCGCUAUGUCACCUUAUAUAAAGAAAAGCUUCUGUGCUUUCAAGAAGGCCAGGCUCCAGAAGACGAUAUAAUUUAUGAUCUGGAAGAGCUGGAGAAGGAGCUUGACUUAGAGAUGAUCUCCUCUUUCAGAGAUCUUGCAGAGAGAAAAUACGAACUUGAAGAAAUGCCGGACGAAGACAAUGAGGGACAUAAUCGGGUUUCUGAAUCGGUUAGUCACCCCCGUGGCUGGCUAAAUGUUUUCUCCUUUGGUAUGCUGGGGAAGUCCGCGACUAUGGAUUCUGCGGCGGAAUUUACAGGUCCUUUAUCCGAUGAGAUUAUGAAGGACAUUUACAAGGCCACCAAUUUUCAUCCGGCGCUACUUUUAGAGAACGACUCGUCCAAAGGCUAUUGUCUACUGUCAAUGAAUCUACACCUGAGGCAAGCUGUUGGUCGGCUGGAAAACUCCUGCACGAAACUUGGCAUUGUGGAGGUUGUCACUUCGGGAAUCUUCACUACUUUCCGAAAACUGCAGGAUGUAGCUACUGGCGCUGUUGCAUGCAAGGCUUUUGAAGUAAAAGACGUGUGCACCGAAGGCACCCUUUACCCUCAUGUGGCAAUAUCAAAGGGCAGUUAUUCAAACUAUGCAGCGAGCACACGUGGAAGUUAUGCGGAAGCUGUAUCUUCUCUGUAUAUUGCCAACGGCAAUGGAGCUAGCCAACGCGACGCAGCGAUUCGUAUCGACGUUGAGCUUUCUGAAGAUCUUGGUGUCAAGGUUUCGGUUUGCAUGAGGCCAUUCGAGGUCAUUUACAGCCGUAGCGUUUCUGAAGGCUUACUUAAUUUCCUCAAACUUCCGACUUCUUGUGAAGCAGAGGAGUUCUACACAGACGACUCGAGGGAAAUUCAGUCAGCAUUAUUGACGAGGCUUUCUCUAAAUGUUGAUGCCAGAGACGUGGUUUUCAUUAUACCCAACGAUAGUGUUUCUUCAAACUCGGUUUUGGCUAUUCCCUUGGAGUCUAUGCAUUUCUCGAUGGCAAAUAUGAUUGGCUUCCCUUCAAAAGAACAUGGUCAAGCUGUUCUAGCGGCGUCUCAAAAUCAUUUGAAAGAUUUUUCAGGAUCUGUGAUUAAUCACUUUGAAGUGAAGUUGGCUGGGAUACAGGCUCGUUUUGCUAAAGGAACUAAUAGCGGUGAAGAGAGUCGUUUUUGUUGGGUGACCGUGAUGGAUAAGUUCAACGCAGAUUUUGAUAUUAAGAAGAUCAAGGAUUCAUGGGAUACUAGAUGGAAGGUUGACGGAAGUUUGUCAGCAACUACGGUUCUGGUUUCAGCUGUAGUUUACUCCGGCUUGGGAGCCAUUAUAGACGCUGCCGCAAAGCCUUUCUUGCAGUCUCAAUCGCGGAGAGAAGGAAGGGAGUCAACCACGCAACCAAUAUCUGGCGAGCUUUUUAUAAAAAAUGUCAGCGUACAGCUUGUUUUAAGCGACGAAGGAUCAAUUGCUUCCGUGAAAGCUAUAUCUUUGCACAUUGAACCAUUGAAACUAAGGUUUUCCAGCGAUGCACUGCAAGAUAAGUUCGCGUUGUUGGCUGGAAAACUGUACAUGGAAAAUAUGGAUUCACAGAGCCUGGAUAGAUGCCUGUUUUCGACUCUCAACGACAGUAAUGGACUGUCUAUUACAAUUACAAGGAAUUGGAAUGAAGGUGGACCAGUGAGAUCGGCAUUAAUUUUACAAGACGCUGAGUGCCAUAUCCAUCGAAACGUGAUUGCCGCUUUGACUGGGUUUGUGCUCGAGAUUUCUGAACUUCGGCCGACUGCAACCGGUGAAAGUUCUCUUCAUCAAGCACCGUUUUCUCUGGCCUUACAACUUGACAACGUUUCGUUCUUGAUGCACGACGUCUAUGGCGUUCUUGCUACGUUGGUACUAUCAAAGUCAGAGUUUUUUAUGCUAUCUUCCGCUCCAGAAGACUGGGAGCUUGAAGGCAAAGCCUCCGACCUUCAGAUUUCCGCACCAGAGUUUGCUACACACGGCAUGAACGGUAUUCCUUUCCGUCGCCUCAACUCUCAACAGCCAUCAUCUAUUCAUCUGAGCGUGGUUAAAAAGAGUCUUCCUUUUCCAACUCUCGAGAUUCAGGCAGACCUCGAAGGCAUUGAAUGCAUUCUGCACAGCGACUACUUGGUGCUCCUUAUCGGAUUCUUUCGAUCUUCCGAGUGGAAAUCUACUUACGUCUCAGCACCGGCAGUCGAGCCUACACAACUAUCUGUUCCUUAUCAGGUGAAAGUAAAGAACUCUGUGCUGAUAUUACCGAUUGGAGGAGGACACCACUUCGACAUUGGUAUACCCGAGUUCUGCUUUUCAUUUGUUCCGCUCAAGUUGACGGGGAAUUUCCGGAAGUCACAUCCGGAGUGGUAUAGCGUGGAGGAUGCAAGCGACAGCCCAUUCAAGCUGUUUUAUAUCAGGGGAAGACAACUUACACUAUCGAACUACGGUUUGGAACCGUGGAGCGGCGAUAAAUGGUUUAUGCCAUUGAUCGAUAUGUUAACGGGUGACAUUCUGAUUGAAGCUCCAGACACUAGCGACAGGAGAAACAAGUUGACGAAUAUACAUAUCAAGUUUCCAGUUAUUCAACUUUCUUGCAUAGGACACGCGCUUCACAGACAAAUUGAGUGGGUUGAUUUUCUGUCGAUGGAGCUAGCUUCUGUGGGAUGGAAGUCCCUGCAUGCCACGGAUAUUUGGGAAGGCAUCAUUUCGGGAAAGCCGUUCAUAGUAACGCAGACGGCUAAAAGCAAGCCUUCUUUCAACUUACAGUGGCAUAACGAUCAACUUACGAGUUCCUUGAAACUGUCGAGAAAAGGAGAGCCCGGUCUACUUGAUACUGUGGCAGUUCUGGAAGCAAGAAGCACUACCGCCGCAUAUAGUGUUGAAGCAGGAGUUUUUCAGCACUUCGGGCUGAAACUGGACAACGUCGUCAUCUUCGAUCCUAGUUACAAGCUGAAAGAUGGCAACGUAAGGAGAAAACUGGUGGUGAGUGUGAAAUCAGAGACUUCGAACAUUGCGAUCGAGGCGCUGCCAUUAAAUCCGUCGAAAAUCCAAGUGGACAUUCUGGUCCCUCGACUGGAAGUGUGGCUACGCUUUUCGUCGUGGAACAAGAUAAUCUCCUGGAUGUUCGUAUGUAUUCCGCUCGACACAACACCAAGUAUUCCAGCAGAUACUGUGGCCGUGUUACUUGAGAUGGGAACGACGGUUGGCAGCGUACUUCACUUGAAAACUACAGUUCCUUCACUUAUGUUUUUUCUGCCGGACUGCAGCUCAGAAAAUCAGAGAUUGACAGAAGAAGACGAGCUGGGCAAGGCUGUGCUGUUCACCUCCUCCUUUUUUAUCGACGAGUUCGAGGUUCUCGAUUCCAGAUGCACCUUUUCAGCUCGCUUUACACAAGUGAAAGCAGAGACAAAGACGAGACAGCUCUCGGGUUAUCCUUGCCUGGCAACUGCUAAUAUUCAUAUCGGAGGAGCAUUUUUUUUGGAAUUCCCUGUUCCUUCUCUCGCACUUACUGCUUGUGUCGACUCCAUCGACUGCUGGUGCUCGUAUCCUAUUCUUCAGUUUCUCAACGCUUUUGAACUCGAGUCUAGUAUUGAGGAAGAAGAGGAGAGUCUGCUGCUCGAGUAUAAAGUCGGCUUGAAAGCGGAGAUUCUAAUGCUCUCGUUGCUGCUAACGGACGGUCGGUGGAACUAUAACUGUCCUCUUAUGGAAGUGAUUUUUGAGAAAACAUUUUUGGAGCUAUCUUUUAGUCGGGGAAGUGUCGACAUUCUGGCGUCGACUGUCACAGAAAUAAGCUACCACAACAUUGAGAAGGUUGUGUGGGAACCUUUCCUUGAGCCAUGGAGGUUUACGGGUAGCUUUCAUUUCGCUGAGUCUGCCGCAAAAGUGGAGAUAGAAUCGGCGAAUAAUCUCAAUAUCAACGUGACAGAAGCUUUGUCGCAGGCAAGCACUCGGGCUUUAGAAAUGAUUACCUCCAACCGGAUACUGGACUUACAACGUCACGUAGUGGAGAGCUUACAACAGAACGUUUUCUCCCAGUAUGCGCCAUACUGGUUCCAGAACGAUACAGGCAUGACGGUCUCAUACUCUCUCAUCUGGCCUGGUUGGAAUGGAGAUAAGAGCCUAGAGAACGAUUCAACUUGGCAAUGGCGAACGGUUCUUGCUGGGUCAUCGGUACCUUUGUUUGUGAGUGAAGACGAAGGUUCUAUACGUUACAAGAAAAAGGCUCGCUGGAUCUCCAGCCGGGUUUCGGAACAAAAGAAAAUUGGACUCAUGUCACAUCGAAGAAUACGAGUCCGUCUUGAAGGGACGUCCGGAGCUUCUCUUCCUAUGUCCAUCGACUUAGUUGGCCGCCGAGCUUUCGAAGUUUCAUUCUCGGGCAAAGAAACCGACAGAAGCGAUGAGGGGAAGCAGUUCAGCACGCAUGCCGUGCUUGAAGUUUCUCUUCAACAUCAUAGCAAGCUUAUAAGAUUGCAUUCGACUGUUACUGUCGCGAAUUCUACGUCUGUUCCUAUGGAAGUUCGUCUGGAAAUACCUUUCGGCAUUGCUCCGAAGAUAAUGAACCCGAUUCUUCCCAGUGAAGUCAUCCCGCUCCCUGUUCACCUGGCAGAAACCGGCCGCAUUAGCUGGCGUCCCUACAAGAAGGAUUAUCUUUGGAGCGAAGCACAACCUUUGUCAAAGUUGCUAUCGACGAACUAUCGCGGGGCGUCACAGCGACCAUUCGUCUGCUAUCCAGCUCGGCCCAGCCAAGGUCCAUUCCGCUGUUGCGUCAGUGUGGAGGAGAAGGAAGUGUCGGCUGCAAUAUAUGCUUCAAAGUCUUCGUCAGACAAGCUUCCAGUAACCUCAGAGCAGUCAGCAGGAUGGAAGAUGUGGAACGUUUUGCUUCAGGCUCCACUUGUUAUUAUGAAUUGUCUUCCAUGCGCCAUGGACGUGAUCGUCGAAAGUGGUGCUGGAGUGAAUGCUCAUACGUCCAUCCCAAAGGGCGAUUCUGGCUUCUUUUACGAGGUGGACGUCGUGCAUGACCUGAACAUAAAAGCUACUAUCUCUAGCUUCUUACCGAGAACUGUCAAGUUCGGACGCGCUGCAUCUAGAGAUAGAGUGGAAAGAACAGAAAGGCCUAUCAACGAUGAAAUGACCAUCUUUGAUCCCGAAAAUCCUUCAGGUCUUCCUGUUUAUGCACGGGUUGAUAAGGUGACGGAUCUCAGAAGCGGGGCACGCAGACUCUCUUUGAUCGUUCCUUACUGGAUUUACAACUGCAGCGGGUUGAACUUAUCUUUUCUGGACGGGGAAGUGGACGUACAUGUCGCCAAAGAGCAGAGCCUUCCUGAUACAUACAGCGCCGGAGGCACAGCAGCUGCGACGGAAGCUCAGGGUAUACAGUCGCUUAUCGCGACUUCCACCGGCCGAAAUCAAUCUGGCCGAAUGCUCUCGCACUUGCCUUCGUGCAAAAUUUUUACUCCAGCGGCAGAAACAUCACCAGCAGCCGCUGACAGUCAUUGCAACGAUUCCGUUCUGCCGCUUGCACGCAUAUAUUCUCCCACUACUCGCGAAGUUGGUGAAAGCAAAAUGCGGUUACGUGCUGCUCAACUUUUGGAGUCUACCACACCAUUUUGGUCGCAACCAUUUCUACUCGAUCCACCGGGUGGGAAUGCUCCUAUAGUCAUUCCCAAACCGACUGGUAAAGGGGCAUACGUUCUUUCGAUCACCUCUAUCCCUGCAAUGGGAAGCUGUUCAGGGAAAACUAAAACCGUAACUUUCAGGCCAAGAUUUGUUCUGGCAAACGCAUCUCGACAAGAUAUCUGUUUUAAGCAGCAAGGCACUGAUAUUUUUUAUCCCCUAGCUGUUGGACAAAACAUUAACGUCCACUGGACUGAUACAACCAGAACUCUGCUGUUGUCUUUGCGGUACAACGAGCACGGCUGGGAUUGGUCUGGCGGAUUUGCACUUGAUCGGCUUGGAGACACCCAAGUUAAAGUUUACAACCAUUUGACUGGUGUGAAAGAGAUGCUUCGGGUGGUGGUCAGCGACGCAAAUGCCGCGGGUGACAGCAUUGGUUCGGGAAAUGACAGGCUCGGGACGUUCUAUAUCAUCGUGACAAAUGAUGAAACAGGCUUCAUGCCUUAUCGAAUCGACAACUUUUCGAAGGAGAAGCUGAGAUUCUACCAGAAGAAGUGCGAGAAAACUGAGAACGUGUUGCAGCCUUAUAGUUCGUGUGACUAUGCUUGGGAUGAGCCUUGCCUGCCUCCACAGCUUGUCAUUGAGGUUCCAGGCGAAGGAACUCUUGGAACAUAUCCACUGGACGUUGUCAAGUCUUAUCCGUCCAUCCAGUUCCAUGCUUCUGGACAGAAACCAGAGGGCCGUUUUGUUGUUUCUGUGCAUGCAGAGGCUUCAAGAAGAGUCCUUAGCGUUGUCGACUUACUUCUCCAUACCACAAAGGACUUACGAAUGCUAAAUCCUCGCAUAGAAGAGACUUUCAGAGAUUCCAGAAAGGGUUCUUCACAAGAUUUUUCUUUGAAACUGGCAUCUAUCGCAAUCUCGCUUGUGGACACCACUCCCCAGGAACUUGCUUUGGCAUCAGCUAGAGGCUUUGAGUUGCAGUUUUUCCAAACUCAGUUGGAGCAGAAGAUGAAAAUGGAAAUCGCAUUGCUGCAAGUCGACAACCAACUCCGCCAUGCCAUUUAUCCCGUCCUACUUUCUACGGCGAAGUCUUCGGGCAUCUUGAUGAGAGACAUAAUAAGCAGUGAAUGGAACUCGUCUCGACAGUUAGCACAGGAGAAGAGCGAGAACCCCGCACUCUCUGCUAUUGUCUCAAAAUGGAGGCAUCCAAUCGGCUCGGUUCAUUGCUACCAAUGCAUCUACUUGAGCAUUGCUCCAUUGCGUCUACAGUUGGAAGAACGCAACUUAACCUGCCUGUUGGGACUUUUCAAAGGUCUUUUUGUUGGAGGGUCUGCUACGGGAACCGAGAAAUCUAUGUCUUUCAAGUUACAGCGCUCCGAAUGGGGUAGUUCUUCAAACGUUCUGAGCAGCUUGAGAUUCGUCGAGACGAUGGAGCCUAUUGAGUCUUACAAAACAUGGCCCGAUAAUGCCGCAGUAGAGCCUGCCAAAGGUCCGACACAGAAGCUCAUCAUCUCUGUCAAGCAGAGGAGGAAGGUCUACGUUGAGGCUUUUCAUAUCGACCCGCUGGAGCUUACUGUGAGCUUUUCAAGCAUUCCCUGGCUUCCGAAGGAGAGCCGUGGUGUAGCUGCACAGUCCCUGUUAUGGGUGACAGGAUCGUUGGUACAGAGACGUCUGAUUGCUUUGGCCGAUGUGGAAGGAGCACCUAUUCGUCUUCGUCAUUUAACGUUGGCACAUCCCAUGGCCAAUUGGAACUCAAUCCUAGGAAUCAUACAGCGUCACUAUACUCGCCAGCUGCUUCACGAACUCUACAAGGUUCUUGGCUCGGCGGAUGUUUUCGGGAAUCCAAUGAGCUUUUUGAGAAGCCUUGGAUCUGGUGUGUGGGAUUUCGUUCACGCUCCUGCCACAAGCAUCAGACAGAAUCCGGGACAAAUUGUACAGGGUGUUACAGUAGGAACGAGGAGUUUGUUUAGAAAUACAGUUUUUGCAUUUAGCAAUGCAGCCACGCAAAUGAGCAAGGCAGCUCGCAAGGGAAUGGCGGCUCUGGCGCUUGAUCAAGACUACAUGAACGAAGGCGAGAACCAGUGGUCUCGAGACAGCAGCAUUGUCAACGAGUUUUUGGAGGGAUUGACAGGUCUACUCCAAUCCUCCGUGAGGGGGGCAGAGAGGCAUGGAAUUCCUGGCGUCUUUUCAGGAAUGGCUGUCGGUGUGAUAAGAGCCGUGGCCAGACCGGCGGCGAGUAUGCUCGAAGUGGCUGGAAAAACAGCUCAAAGCAUCCGAAACAGCAGCCAGCCUUCCCAGCCGAGAAUCAUGCGCCUCAGGCUUCCUCGACACCUCGAGCCAGGCUCGCCACUUCUCCCAUAUUCGUGGAACGAGGCACUUGGCACGGCGGUUUUGCGAGAAGCCGACGAUGGCCGAUUCAGAGAAGAGACAUACAUAACAUGCCAGCCUCUCUUCGAGCGCGGUGUGUUCGUUCUCCUCACGGAGAACUUGCUCGUCCAAGUCAAGAGCACCAGCGGGGAGGAGCUGGAGUCGAGCGGCUGCGAGUGGAGCCUGCUGUCGGAGAACAACGUGGAGGACAUUUUGUACAUAUAUCGGGAGGAAAACAAUCUGGACGUGCUGUUUUGCUCGCCAAACGCGCUGCUGGCGAGCAAGGUAAGCCAGCAGUACAGGGGUGGCGGCAGUAGCAGCAGUAGCAGCAGCAGCAACAGAUUUGCGCCGCCAUCACCGUUCAGAAACGUGACGCUGCAUCUCAACUCUUGCGAGUCGACGGAGGAAUUCCACUCGACGCUGGUACACUUGCUGAGACGCAAACAGACGACGCGGCUCAUAGCCUCUAUGCGAAGAGAAUAAGGCUUCCGACAUGAAGUUUGUUGCCUGUAAUCUUCUCUGAAAGAAAAUUUAUAAUUUUUGUCUUGGCAAACAAUUGGCCAGCAAAUGCUGUGCUGCCAGGUGUUGAAA